AUCUGGGUUUAUUCAGGGCUGCCAGGUCUCUUUUCUCAUUUUUUCCCUUGAUUAUUGAUUUCAUGUUUUGUUCAUUGUUCUCAUUUUUUUCCUCCUUUGUAUCUUUUCUAGUCUUCAGUCGGCACAAUCGUAGGGUAUUUACAGGUGACUUUCACAAACAUCGACGCUGCGUGUCGGUCGCAAGCCGAUUUCAAUUAUGGAUUGUUUCGAUUAUGCUCGGGUGCCAAGUUCAACCAUUAAUUUUACAUGCCUUCAUGGAGGAGAGUCCCGGGCCGACCUUGGGUUGAUGAUGAAAUUUAUGCUAUGCUGGAGUCUAUGCUGGAGCCUAUGCGGGAGUUUGUACUGGAGUCGAAGGGAGUAGCCGCGAGGGCGUCUGUAGGAUUCAACACCUGGGAUUAUAUUUCUGAUAAUUUGUUUGAUGAGUAUUGUUUCGACAGAGCUUCCAUGUCAUGCCAGCAGCAAUGGGACACUCUUCUGCAGUCUUACAGGGCUAUUCAAGAUCAUGAAUCGAAGAUCCAGAGUGAUACACGCAGCUGUGUCAGUUACUGGAAAAUCUAUGCGGAAGAGAGAUCCAACAAGAAGUUGCCACUGGCAUUCGACUUGGAGUGGUAUAAGCUAAUCGAGAAAAUUUGUGCCGCGAAGAUUGUGGAAGAAAAUUGCAUGAAAAAGUAUCGAUUUAUGUGCUCUGAAUUCGAUGAAAUCAACACAAUGAGCGAGUACGAAUUUUUGAGCGGUGUCUCGACUACCACAAUGGAGUCUCAAACAGAGGUUGCUGCCGGUAGCUAUGACUCAGCCGCACAUGGAAGGAAUGACAAAGUCGGAUUUCGAAUAUCCACGUUCACUUCCAUUUUGAAGUGUGGACCUGGAUUGGGGAGGAAGGAAGGAUGGAAGGCUCUAAAUCUGAUCUUGGGACCUAGGUCAUGCUUCUAUUUGCAAUUCUCUUCUCUUCUUUUUUGGGUUGAAGAAUGGCUCUAGCUUUCUCCACACCCUGGCUGAAGCUACUGCAAUUGCAGUCACGUCGGCAUCGCUACAGCCUCAGUGGCUUGCGACCCCAAACUAGCUCAGGUUGGUGCUUCCAGAAAAGUAUCGCAGUCGUUGUUUCCUUGAAAAGUCGACUGACGUGUUUUUGUGUGCCUUGAACAGGAUUGACGGUAGGCCUGCACAUUUCCACUCUGGUCGACAUGGUUGCUGAUCUACUGUGACCUGAUUCACGGUCUAAUGUUGAACCAUUUACCUGUCCCGCUGCCGAUAAUAUCCCUCUACGCCCUAAUUCCAGGUUCCAGGACCGAUGAAGUGCAUGUCGUGAAGCCCAAGCCAAACCGUAAAAUUACCGAGGUAACUGCUGCACUCAUGUAUCUCUCUCUCGGUUUCCUUUUAAUUCUUUUUCUUUUAUUUUUGAAAUUUUGUUCCUUCACACGUUUCGUUUGUGCGUGUGAAUCAGGGGUUUCAGAGGGUACUGUAUCUGAACUCCUGUUUCAAAUCUUCGAAGUGUAGUUCCACAUGCUCUCGAAGGCUUGCGCAGAUGCCAGCAAGUUGUUUUUCGUUUUAAAGUUUUGUCUCAGAAUAACUCCUCCUUGUUCUGCUUCGUGAAACAACCUUCACAGGAAACGUUUGAAUGUCCGAGUCACGAUCAGCAAAGGAAACCCUAAAACUUGCCUCUUGUCUGAGUGAGAAACCACUCCAUCGUAUGCAAUUAGCCCUAAACUCAGAAGUUACAUUUGGAUUAGGUAUGGUUUUGUAAAAACUUAACUUGUGGAAAAGACAUAUACUAUCUAGCUAGUGUACUUGGGAAGAAAGAGAUUGAAAACUUAGAAAGUCAUCUUUGUUUCUAUAUCCAUGCUUACAGUACGUCAUAUUGUUUUCAAUUUUUGAAUUGUAAAAUAACCCCUUUUUUUUGGUUUA